AGAAGUGUGUGCCUGCAGGGGGAAAAGCUGCUGCCUGCUGCCUACCUGCUGUACCUGCUCUGCGUGGGAGCUGCCAGAGGGGAGAGACAUCUGCAGGGAUCCUGCCCCAGGGGAAGCUGCUACUGGGAGAAGCUGACCCUGCUAUUCCAGUCCUAGACUAGCACCUGUAAAAGCCAGAAAGGGAGCAGGGGGAAACGGCCUGCGGUUGGUGGGAGAGUCCUGGUCUGACAUGCUGCAAAGAGGCCCAGGUGAUUUCAGCUGCUAGAGAACAGAGCUGCCUGCAUCCCAUCUGAGGUCUGUUACUAAAGGUGAUACAGAGUUUGGAGCACAGACUAAGGAAGAAUGACUGGAGGCCAAAUAAAGAAGCCAUUGCUUGGAAUCUUCUCCAGAGUUGAUCAGACCAAGUAUCAGUGGUUGAUUGAAUCGGCACACUCCUCUGUCCCAGACAUCCGACCGGUGCACAUUGCCAAUGACAGUGGCCAAAACUUUAGAGAGGAGGUGCCCAAAUGCACUAUUGCCAUUCUGUAUCACACAGUGAAUAGGGGGAGGUUGAACCUGACCAAUAUAAAAGACUCAUUGUACGACAAUGAACUCCAAAUUUUGCACGAUAUGCUAGGGAAAGAGAAUGUCAUUGUUGUGAUCGAUGACCUGGAGGACAGCAACUCUGCUGAGAAGGACAGAAUCCUAAAUGAGCAGCCAAGUUUAAGGCGUUUGGCAAGGGAUGUGUUCCUAUUCAGCACCAAGGAGAAAGAAAGGAUACCUCUAGGUAAUCAGAAGAAGAAAAAGAUUCCUGACCCCAAAGUGGAACAACUCAUCAAAAUAAUAAAAGAUCAUCAUCAAAGGAAACAAUGUUAUAUGAAUGUUCCUUGCGCAAUUGGCACCAUGGUUAUAGGAAUAGUUUUUUUGCUUCUCUUUGCAGGUGUACUAAUAUACAGCUGUAAAAUACCUUUGCAUUAACGACCUGAAGAACACAAUGACCAUGGGCACGGCCAAGAUGUUUAGAAUAAAGUUGUAGGGGAAGCGUAAUGCUACAGUGGGUUGUGUUGUAUGCUUCACAAUGGCUUUUAAACAAAGAACCUAGAAGGCAGAAUUUUGUGAUGGAUACUGAAGUUUUGGUAUUUCCACACACACAACAAAAAAAAGGUCACAUUCCCACUUAUUCCCUAUUAAAAUUAGUUCAUUGGGUUGUGAAUAUUUUUAAACAACAUGAUAAUUUAUUAAAUGACAUCCAUGGACAGCUCACCGUGCUACACACGUUACACAUUAGAAACCAUUAACCAGUGCCAGAGGCGCAAGUAUUGGAGAGCUAAGGGGCUCUUGGUAUGCUAAAUGUUAGCCAUGUCCAAAGAUACCCUUGCUAAUAUGGUACUUAAUUUCUUAUAACAAUGCAGAAAAGAUAUGGAAAGUGUACAAAUGUUUUCUUUGAUUUUAUUGAGUUUUAUUUGUGUUACAUAGUUAGUUACAUAGUUAAAUUGGGUUGAAAAAAGACAAAGUCAAGUUCAACCCCUCCAAAUGAAAACCCAGC